AUGGACUUUGCUGGUCUACCGUAUUUCGAUACGCCCAUCACUGAGGAAAUGGCAAGGGAUCAUAACCUGAUGAGGAAGGCAAUAGAGAGUGAAACACCGAAGCUACCAGCUGGACGAAGCAGCGGAUAUCAUCUGCUUACCUAUGGAUGGCUAGCCGAUCAGAUUGUACGGCAUACAGAUGAAAAACAUCGAGGAGUGGGACAAUACUUCAGAGAAGAAAUAGCCAAGCCGCAUGUACAUCGGCUCAAAACACUCAUUCAGAACAGUCCUGUAGCAAGAGCGAUGGCAAACCCUUCGUGGUUUGACGUGGCCCACAAAUGCACUGCGAAUGAUCCUGAACAGCAUGCAAUGGAGCAAGCGGCUGCACUUGGCAUCGGAAACGCUCGUUCACUAGCUUCUAUAUUUAGUCUGCUUGUCAAUGGGCGCCUAGUAAGCGAAAGAACUCUUGAAUAUCUUGAAAGGCCGGUGCUGAACGAAACGGACUACAUACUGAAUGUCAACACGGUUAAAGGACAUGGCUUCUUUUACGCUCCUUUGAAGGAUUCUGAUGUGAGUCGAUGA